AAUUUAUAAUGAGCGACGACGAUCGUGAUAUUGAUAUUGAAAGUGAUGAUGGUGAUGAUUCUGAUUCCAGACAUAGACCUUCUAAUAAUACCCAAUAUUAUUCUCAGGCUGAAAAACGUGCUCAUCACAAUGCUUUAGAAAGAAAACGUCGAGAUCAUAUAAAGGAUAGUUUUUCAAGCCUCAGAGAUACAGUACCUUCUCUGCAAGGAGAAAAAGUAGCUAGUAGAGCGCAAAUUCUGAAAAAAGCUGCUGAGUAUAUUCAAUUUAUGCGACGGAAAAAUUCUUCCCAUCAACAAGAUAUUGAUGAUUUAAAGCGACAAAAUAUUUUAUUAGAAUCACAAAUUCGAACAUUAGAAAAAGCUAAAAUAACUGGAAAUUUUGCUGCUGAAUCUUGUGAAGUAUCAAAAGUGGAUUCUGUCAACAUUGGCAACUACAAUGAUUCUGAAUCUGAGUCGUCAGAUAGUGAAACAGGUCGAACUAUCCGUCAUCCAAAAAAAUUAAAAAUUUCUAGUAUUAAUCAUUAACGAAAAUCUAAAAUUUUUAGUCCUAAAAUAUAUGAUUUUUUAUAUUUUUGUUAAAAAAUUCCGCAAAAAAGCUAAGCAUUUUCUUAACAAUAUAAAAAAAAUUAUACUUUGAUAAGCAAUAAGUAUAUAUUGUAAUACUGAAAGUAAAAUAAAUAUUGAAUACUCUUUCUUAAGCUCAUAAAAAUAUACUAAUAUAAACAAAUUUAUAUGAGUAAUAAUAUAAUAUUAUCAUUGACUUUAAUUGUAUUAUUAAUAAACUAAUUUACUUUCAA